AUGUCUGAAAAGAAGCCAGCGGCUUCCGGUAACUCUGCCGGUGGUGGUGGCGGUGGCCGUGAUGGCGGUGGUGGUGGCGGUGGCGGGGACAAUAAGGAAAAGCGACGAAAAGAAUCCAUCCUUGAUCUGAGCAAAUACCUCGAGAAAACAAUCCGUGUUAAGUUUGCCGGUGGGCGUGAGGCUGCCGGAGUCCUUAAGGGCUACGAUCCGCUGUUAAAUUUGGUGCUGGACAACACGAUAGAAUUUUUGCGUGACUCGGACGACUAUAAGCUAUCUGAUGAUACUCGACACCUGGGUCUAGUAGUGUGUCGUGGCACGUCCGUGGUGCUGAUCUGUCCACAGGACGGUAUGGAAUCGAUACAGAAUCCCUUCAUCGCACAGGAAGGCUAGCGGGGAGAUGCCAUUGCAGCCGGUACAGUGCAUGCUUGCAUCAUCCGUUGCGCAAAUUCAAGCCAUGGUCAAGCAAAAGUUGCACAACUCGCCAGCGAUAUCUCCCGGCAGCAAGGAUAACAUCUGUGGCCCUUUUCCACCCUUCCUGCUGCCAGGAAGGCUUUAUGCUUUUUCUAAUAUUGUUUGAUUUUCUGUUUGCGGUUAUUAGCCGAAUAGAUCGUUACAGCAGAUCUAUCAAUCGGAUCUACUUCCAUUGCAUUUCACUUUUGCGUUUUAUUAUUUUUGUCAUCACCAUUCCGUUGAUUUAAUUUUCCAUCGUUCCAUAGCCACACUAUGACAUUGUAAUCGAAUCGCUCAGACUAAAAGUAACAUGCGCGUGUUGAAUGAGGCAAAUACGUAGCAACACCCCAGCCUGCGUUUGAGGAAGAUCGGUAAAUCGAUCGAUUUAUUUGCUUAACUUAUGUAAAGUACAUCUAAGUUGUUCUGCAUAAUCUAAUGCUGUUUUUUUCGCGAUUUUCCAUAUCGGGCGCAGACAGGCUGCUGUUGCUUGCGUUUGCGUCACACUGUCCGUGCAAGUUCUACUGUUUUUUAGACUGAGCAAGCAAAUAGUCGUUAAAAUUAUAGAACAAAUUAACUGGGAUAACACAAAAGCAAGGAAGAAUUUCAACAUACACAGGUAAAACAAAACGAGCACGUCAUUAACAGAGUCGUAACAACCGUUCGUCUACUUAUAUUCUAAUCGGUGUUGAGUUAUUCUUCAUGUAAAUAAAUUCCA